CAGCAACAUGGACCUGAACACCAUAAACUCCAUGAGCUACGAGCAGUUUCUGGACACAUUUGGAAAUAUCAUAGAAAGAUGCCCCCUCGUCACAGCGGCAAUUUGGUCCCAACAGCCAUUUGCAAGUGUAACUGAGCUGGAAAACCGCGUCUUUGAUUUUAUAGAAUCCCUCCCUCUGGCUGGGAAAGAAGGAAUAUUAAGGUGCCACCCUGACUUAGCUGGGAGAGACCUUAUGAGAGGAACACUCACUGAUGAGUCUCAGAAUGAACAAGCUCAAGCAGGACUUACAUUGCUCAGUGCCAAAGAGAAAGAGACCCUAGGCUUUCUCAAUUUACAGUACAAGGCGAAAUUUGGAUUCCCCUUUGUCAUAUGUGCCAAAAUGUCUGACAAAAACAAAAUAAUGCAGGAAUUAGGUUCUCGUCUUCAAAAUGAGCAGUCGGAGGAGCUUCAGAAAGGCAUCGCUGAAGUCAAAAAGAUUUGUCAUCUGAGAAUAUGUGAUCUGUUCCUUAAUGAAAAAUUACCUACCAAACUUUAAAAAUGUAAACAAUAUAAGAUUGUAACCUUUGUUUGAAAAAAAAAAAAAAGCUAAGUAUAACAUAAAAAAAUUUACAUUUCCUAAAUUGUUAUGAUGCAACCAAGAGUAGUUAAUAUAUUUGAAAGUGAUUUAUAGUUUAUGUUGUAAUCAUUGUUUAAAUACGUAAUAUAAACUGUAUGGGGAGAGAAUAAGUAUUUACAAACUGUAAAGAACACAACAGAAAUAUUCAGCAUUCCUCUUCAUUUGAGUUUACAAAAUUAGAAUUGAAUCCGCUUUUUAAACUGAUUACGUUAAAUAUUAUUUGAAGGCCAAUUCACGUAAGUGCAUAUGCUUAAACUAUGGGGAAGAUUUACCAACAUUCAAAUUCAACUUUUUAGCAUGAUUUCAGGUAUUUUUUAUGGCCAAAAUUGCAAUUUGAAAAUGUAAUAAAAAUGCAAGCUAUUUUUCAAUUCGAAUUUUAAAGAUUCAUUUGAAAUUUGGCAGACAUUUAAAUUAAAUUAAAGGUAGAAUAUGAUUUCACUGAA